AGAGCUUAGAGAGAGAGAGAGAGAGAGCUGUGUUGCUCUCCCAUGUAUCGUUGCUAUCGUGCGCUUGUGCCCAGGGGGCGCACGCUAGCGACCCGACGCUUUCUCUCCGACUCACUGGAAUUAGGGUUAGGGUUUCCGAAGCCGAGCCUCCCCGGGAUCGAGCCCUCCCCCGGCGCCGACACGCUCGCGGCGCUCCUCCUCCGGCACCACAACCCCUUCCACCCGCUCGAGUCCCCGCUCGAGCUCGUCGCCCUCGGCGGCGGCGCCGCCCUCUCCCCCGCCCUCGUCGUCCAGACCCUCCUCCGCCUCCGCCACGCCUCCAAGGUCGCCCUCGCCUUCUUCGUCUCCGUCCGCGACCACGUCCACCACCACCGUUGCAAUGGCGGCGCCCAACCCCUCCUCGGCCCCGCCGCGUACGACGCCAUGGUCGACAUCCUCGGCCGCGUGCGCCAGUUCGACGUCGCGUGGCAGCUCAUCGUCGAGAUGGGCUGCGGCGGCGGCGGCGGCGGCGGCGGCGAUGUGGGGCCCACGCCGAGGACGUUCGCGGUGCUGGUGAGGAGGUACGUGGCGGCGGGGAUGACGCGGCAGGCGAUCCGGUCCUUCGACGACAUGGAGGCGUUCGUCGGGAGGGAGCCGGGCUCGGCGGAGUUCCAGAUGCUUCUGGACACCCUCUGCAAGUAUGGGCACGCAAAGGUUGCAACAGAGAUAUUCAACAAGAGAAAAUCCAAGUACGAACCCGACGAGAAGACGUACUCGAUCUUGAUUUAUGGAUGGUGCAAGGUAAACCAGCUUGAAAUGGCCCAAAAGUUCCUAAAAGAAAUGACCGAUCGUGGGGUAGAACCGAAUAUAGUUACAUAUAACAUCCUGCUGAAUGGGAUUUGCAGGCACGCGAGCUUGCACCCGGAAAAUCGCUUCGACAGAACAAUCCGUGCUGCUGAGGACCUUUUGAAGGAAAUGGGGUCUAGGGGGAUUGAACCCGAUGUGACGAGCUACUCUAUCAUUCUACAUGUUUAUAGCCGGGCCCACAAACCCGAGCUCUGUCUUCAUAUGUUCCGGUCAAUGAGAGAGAAAGGCAUUUGCCCCACUGUGGCGACGUACACCUCGGUAGUUAAAUGUCUGGCUUCUUGUGGGAGAUUAGAAGCUGCAGAAAAAUUACUCGAUGAAAUGUCUAGCAAUGGAGUGUGCCCAUCCCCCGCCACUUAUAAUUGCUUCUUUAAGGAAUAUAGAGGGAGAAAUGAUUGGGAAGGCGCAAUGAAUUUGUACAAGAAAAUGAAGGAAUCGGGCUCGUUAAGCAAGCCCGAUAUUCACACGUACAAUAUAUUACUUGGAAUGUUCUCGAAGUUGGAUCGAUUAGGAACUGUUCGGGAAUUGUGGAGUGAUAUGAGUGAGAGUGGUGUUGGGCCGGAUUUGGAUUCGUACACUUUGCUCAUCCAUGGGCUUUGCGAGAAGAAUAAGUGGAGAGAAGCGUGCCAGUUCUUUAUGGAGAUGAUAGAGAAAGGGUUUCUCCCGCAGAAGGUUACAUUCGAGACUCUUUAUCGAGGAUUGAUUCAAGCUGAUAUGUUGAGGACUUGGAGGAGAUUGAAGAAGAAGGUUGAUGAAGAAUCAUUGAAAUUUGGUGCUGAGUUUGAGCAUUAUCAUUUUAAACCGUAUAAGAGAUGAUUUUAGUUGUGGGCUUGAAUUUUGUAAAUACGUGAUUGGGAAGAUGAGGCUUUUUUCUUAGGGCUGAUUUUACAUGGCAAAAUGCAAAAAAGAUUGAAAACAGUUUGGAAGUGGUAUCAUAAUUAUAGGUGCUGUAAGGCAUCAUGCUUAAAGAUGAUUAUUUUGAUACAAUCCAACAACUCUGCAGCUUGUUAUCUGUCUGCGUAAGUGCUCUGGGACAGGUCAGUUUGAAGAAGCCCUAAUAGCUUUUCUGUCAAAAUCAUUGUGGCAUCUUUCGACUGUAGCUAGAAGCAGAAAUUCCGAAGCGGCUCCUGAUUUAGUGGCUCAAAAGCUCAUGUUGCACAUUCCUCUCCAACCAAAAGCUCAACACCGUUUGUUUGGCAAACAUUCAUCUUCUACUUCUAUAGUUAAGAAGCUCUUCUUGAAGGCGUGAAAAAAAAAGGUUUGUCAGUGCUGUCGUCAGCAAUGUACGUAUGUUCUCUUACCAAGUGCUUGAGAAAUCUUUCUUUAAAGUUUUUCUUAGUCUUACUAUUUAUGAUUGUUUCAACCAUAUAUUUCUAUGUUUUCUACAUUGGUUAACAAGUUAAGGUCUUUUAUUCGUAGUUCGGUGGAUAUAUUUUUAUAAAUGGUUUGGUGAGUGUGAGAUGCUACCAAAGAAUAAUAUAUUGUGUUGUAUCUUUGGACUAGCUCGCUUAGCUUAAGCGAGCUUACUAAACAAGUAAAAUAUUUGAAUCGAGCCAUAAUUGAGUAA